AUGAUUGUCCUCCGCAGGCCUCUCAUCUUGAGGGAUGACUUCAGGCAGACACCCAGUGACGUAGUCGUGGCGGCAGGGGAGCCGGCGGUCAUGGAGUGCAUCCCCCCGCGGGGCCACCCGGAGCCCACCAUCUCCUGGAAGAGGAACAACAUGAAGGUCAACGACCACGACGAGAGGAUCACCAUCCGAGGAGGAAAGCUGAUGAUUUCAAACACGAGGAAGAGCGAUGCGGGCAUGUUUGUGUGUGUGGGCACCAAUAUGGUGGGAGAAAGGGACAGCGACCCAGCAGAACUAGUGGUGUUUGAGCGGCCCAUGUUUGUUAAGCGUCCAGUGAACCAGGUGGUGCUGGCAGAUGACAUGGUGGACUUCCUGUGUGAGGCCCAUGGAGACCCCGCCCCCACCAUCCGCUGGAGGAGAGAGGAGGGAGAGCUGCCCCGUGGCAGGUCAGAGAUCCGCAGUGACCACAGCUUGCGUCUGACUCAGGUCCGGGCCGAGGACGAGGGCACCUACACCUGUGUGUCUGAGAACAGCGUGGGAAAGGCAGAAGCAUCGGGCAGCCUGCAGGUCCACGCUGCCUGUCACUCUUAG